GCAUUUUCUUUUUUAGGGUCCAAUUCAAUAAUUCUUGUUCUUCUUUGAGUGCUUUUCCCCCCCUUUUUUUUUUGGCUUUGCUUAGAGGAGAAAAAUGGAAAUGGCUAAAUGGGUUAGCUGAGAAUAGAGACGUAGAAACGAACCCAGAAGUUGCAGAAGCAGAGGGUGAUGGAGUGGCAGAAUCAGCAGCAACAGAAUCAAACAGAGCAAUUGCAAAUGCAGGUGGAGCAAUUGAGCAACGCCGAUGGAGUUGGUGGUCUCUACGUCAAGGUGAUGACCGAUGAGCAAAUGGAGCUUCUCAGGCAGCAGAUCUCUGUCUAUGCUUCCAUAUGUGAGCAGCUCGUGGAGAUGCACAAGGCAAUCACCGCCCAACAGGACCUUGCGGGAAUGAGGCUUGGGAAUCUUUACUGUGAUCCAAUAAUGGCAUCUGCUGCUGGUCACAAGAUAACUGCUAGGCAGAGGUGGACGCCUACACCUGUACAGCUUCAAAUUCUUGAGCAGAUCUUUGAUGAGGGCAAUGGGACCCCUAGCAAGCAGAAGAUCAAGGAUAUAACUCUACAGCUGACACAACAUGGUCAAAUUUCAGAAGCAAACGUCUAUAAUUGGUUUCAAAAUAGAAGGGCUCGUUCAAAAAGAAAGCAAGCAAACUCAUUACCAAAUAAUGCAGACUCAGAACCAGAGACAGAAGUUGAUUCUCCAAAGGAGAAAAAGACUAAACCAGAAGCCUUCCAAACUUAUGAACAUUUGGUUCCGAAGUCCGGCAAUAUGUACUCCCAGAGAACUGAUUUAAGUACUGAAAUACUUUCCUUUGAUGCGCAGUCGAAUAAAGGGGAGCCCAUGUUUCAGUCUUUCGGAUCUGGUCAUACCAGUCAGAUGACUCCAAUACAAAAUCAUAGAAAUAAUAUGUCGAAUGAUAAAAUGAACGUACCAGACUACUCUCCAUACACUCCUUGUGAAGGAUAUCACUUGGUCGAGUGACUGCUUGCCUUGAAGCUCAUCCUGGAGGAAUGUGCGAACUGACACAGUACAUAUUACACUGCAUGUAUAAGGAAAUUAAAUUUUGAAAAUGCUUGUAAGGCAUUUUAUAUACGUGGUUAUGAACUAUAUAGCUUAUAGUACUGCUUGAAACCAAAUUUUGAAGGAUUUGAUUAAAUACGUUACGUUACGUUUUGGUACGAAA